AUGAAAACAGCGCAGUAUGUCUUUGUCGCGUAUCAGCUACUGUUGUCUGUGGCAUCUGCAGUGGUGAGCUGGGUAUGGCGCGAACACGCCGGUGUACGGCGGCCCCAUCUGGCGCUGGACGAUCCCGUACAAGGCAACUGGCAGUCGCCGGUGACGUACAUUGUACUGCUGUCCAUCACGUUCUGGAUUCUGUACGGCUAUCUCGUCCCGAUCAGCCUCUUCGUCACGAUGGAGCUCGUCAAAUUCUGGCAGGCUUUUGUGUUCAUCAAUAACGAUCCGGUGUUGAAAACGAACACGGAGUGGCGCCAACAGCAGAAAUUGGAACCAGAGCAUCUCCCACAGCACCAGCAGCACCAACACCAACAGUACCAACACCGGCACCGCCAUCUCCACCAUCAUCAGCAGCAACGGGUUCACAGGGCAGCCGGUCAGCAAGGUCUGGACGAGCAGUCCAUUCAGGGGCCUCGAGGACACCCUCACCAGCAUCACCACAACCCCCCAGCGGUUAUGGGGCCAUCAGCCAUGCAUGGUGGUGGUGGUGGUGGUGGUGGUGGCGGCGACGGCGGCGGCGGCGGCGGUGGCGGUGCUAACGGUGCUGAUGGCUCCACACAUGCAUUCGCUCGCAGCAGUGCUGUCAAUGAGGACUUGGGUCGUGUUGUGAUGGUGUUCAGCGAUAAGACGGGCACCCUCACGCGCAACGAUAUGCGGUUUAGGUGCUGCGCUCUGGGCGAAGAGAGGUACGGCAGCCUUGAUGUACGACUGGAGGAAAGGCCUGAGCUCCAGGGCAUGGAGGCAGUGGUAGCUUUCGACGCUCGGUUGCCGCAGGGUCCUUCCCCUGACGAGGUCGCGCUUCUGGAAGCUGCUCGGCAGCUGGGAUUUGAGCUAGCGGCGAGGCGGGGUGACCAAGUGGAGUUGAAACUGGCUUUGCCGCCCUCGCCAGCGCCGCCACCGGCACUACCGCCUGCGGCACAGCGAGGUGACGGCACCGGCACCGACGCGCCGGGACCGGAUGAGGAGUCGCUGCCGCCGGUGGCUGUGGUGGUGCGUUAUCGCAUCCUCAACGUGCUGGAGUUCACCAGCGCACGAAAACGCAUGUCUGUGGUGGUGGAGGCUCCCGACGGCUCUCUCGCCGUACACACCAAGGGAGCGGACAGCGUGGUGCUGCCUCGGCUGGCGGCGGCGGCAGCGGCGGGAGGAUCUGGCAGCGACAGUGAGGAUAUUCGGGUGGCGGCUGCUACGGAGAAUCUGCACUACUUUGCAACGCUGGGUUUGCGAACAUUGGUAUUAGCUGCGCGGCCACUGCCAGAUCGGAAAUGGUACGACAAUUGGGAUGCACGGUACCAAGAAGCAGCUGCUGCAGUACACACCGACCCACGGGUCCGUGCAGCCGCGCUAGACAGCCUAGCGGAGGAGAUCGAGCGGGAGAUGCAGCUUGUGGGAGUUGCGGCCAUAGAGGAUCAACUACAGGAUGGUGUGCCCGAGGCGGUGGCUACGCUGUUGGCGGCCGGUGUGCGUGUGUGGAUGAUUACGGGGGACAAGUUGGAGACGGCGGUCAACAUCGCCCGAGCCGCCCGGCUGGUCACUCAGCCACAUGACUCCCAACUGUUGGUGCUCCGGGAACACGAGGAACAGGCGGGGGAAGCCCAUGUGCCGUACACCGUCGACACCGCGACGACAACGGAGCUGGUGGUUGACGGCCGUACACUGGACAUGGUUUUGGAUCGGCGGCCGUUAGCCGCACGGUUAGCUGCGCUGUGCGCGUCCUGCGCGAGUGUCGUGGUCUGCCGCGCGUCGCCAGCACAAAAGGCCGCGCUUGUACAGCUUAUGCGUGACUAUCGGCGGCGGCUGGCCGCGGCGCGGCGACGGCGCCGCUGGCACUGGCUGACUGGCGGGGCCAGCGGCGGCGGGGCAGCACCGCCGCCGCUGCCGCCGCUACAGCGGCUGCUACAGCGCUGGUGGGGAUCAUGCUGUACGGCAGAUAGACGAGCACGUAAUGACGACCAGAGAGGGUUUUGUGGCAAUGAUGGCGAUGGCGACGACGAGGAGGUCGAGAAGGAGGAGGUGGGUGGAAGUGCUGCCGCCGACGGCGCCGGCGGCGUUGUUGGCGGCCGCGGAUGCACCGACCCACGGGACCGCGAGGGGGUGCUGCUGGCCAUUGGUGACGGUGCUAACGAUGUGGCCAUGAUUCAGGCGACAGAUGUGGGUGUGGGAGUGAUGGGCAAGGAGGGGCGUCAGGCCGUGAACAACAGUGACGUGGCAGUACCGCUGUUUCGUCAUCUAGUUCCGUUGCUGCUGGUGCACGGCCAGCUGUGCUCGGAGCGGCUGUCCCGUCUAAUCACCUACUCCUUCUACAAGAACCUGGCGUACUGGGGAGUGCUGCUGAUGUUCCAGUUUUAUUGCGGUUUCUCCGGACAGGCGCUAAUCGACGAUAUCAGCGGCUCCUUCUACAACGUGGUCUUCACAGCUUUUCCCAUCCUAGUCGUGGCGCUACAGGAGAGCCACGCACCUGACCCCUCAGUCACUCUUAUGCAGCACCCCGAGCUCUACAACGCGCAUCCCCCGCUCACCCCAAUGCGGUUCUGGCUGGAAGGGAUCAUGUUGCCACUUUUCCACAGCGCCGCCUGCUUCUUCAUCCCCAUGUACAGCGCCACGCCGUACGGCACUCAGCCCGCACACGUGCUCUGGGUGGUCGGCAAGGCGUCGUACAUGGCGGUAGUUGUGGCGGUUACAGCUGAGCUGAUGCUAACGACACGGGCAUGGACGAGACUUCUUGUUGUUGUGUGUGCUCUGAGCGUGGUGGUGGCGUUCCCCUUUUUGCUGCUGGUUUGGCGGUUGGAGCUUGCUGCCGGCUAUCUGGACGAAGCCACAGUGGGUGCCGCGGAUCUGCUCUUCAAAUCGCCGUACUUUUGGACGAGCUUGGUGGCGGUAGUAGCACUGACCGCCGGCUCUCGGGAGAAAGAGAUUGCCGAUGCCAUGGCGGCUAUGCCCAAACGGAUUGCGGAAUAUCGGGCGUCCCGCAAACUGGAUUGGAGCGAGGUAUCCGCCCUGGACCGGCUGUUGCUGACCCCCGGACAGAUCCGGGAGAAAUAUAUCCGGCGGCGGCUAACGCGCCAAAACCAAUAAGCAAUCCAUGGAUUACGGCAGUGGUAUCAGCAGUAAAGCGGAGGGGGGGGCACCGACAAACAUGUGAUGCGGCGCUACAGCAGGGCUUACUGCAGGUGCAGAUGGUACUGGUCAGGACAGCAGCAAAAUAGCCAGGAGUAAAGGCACCCCCUGGAAACCGCUCCUGCUUAUGGCGGCUGCGGAACAAAGAGGUGAAACUAUCCAUCGGCCCGGAGCAGCAGCAGCAGCAGCUUAUCGCCCCCAGCAACAGUAGCAGAUAUAAACAGCAGCCGCAGCAGUCGUGGGAUGUUCUAGGAAGUGGGCCCUCCUGGUCUACGGCUUGUCCACACCAGCACUGGACAGCCGCAAAUUAGGCUGCGGUGGUGGUUAGUCAGUUUUAAGUAUCCUUUGUUUGGGCUGUCUGUCGGAUAGACGGGUAAUAGUGGCAUUUAAGGUUUGACUGUCUCUCCGGGCGACUGCGUGUCAGGGCCUCCAGAGAACUUCGUGUCGAAGCGUACAGGUGGCCCGUAGGCCCCCGACAUCGAUCAGAGAAAUUGGUUAACAAAUUGCUGCUGAGUUAUGGAGGUGAUGUCUAGUUGAUGGAUUAAGUUUCGCAUGCUGAAUUGGUGGUGAUGGUUUAUCUGUCUCUACGGAUGUCUGGUGACCGGAUGAGGAAGGGUGUAGCUAGCAAGACCCAGAACCGCCGUCGGUUGUACGCGAAUUAACUUUCAAAAUAU